GCAGGAGGAGGAGAAGGAGAAGCAGGAGGAGCAGGAGGAGAUGGCGGCUGACCUCCUCUCCACCAGCCUCCCGCUCAGUCAGGAGGAGGAGGAGGAGGUGAAGAAGAGUUUCAUUCAGCCUGAUGAAGCGGAGCCGCUGGCUGGAAACACCAAUGAAGAAGAGGAGGUUCUGUCGCUCAGUGACAGAGAGGACGGAGACAAGAGACAGGAGACUCAGCCGACGCUCCGAGAGAGGAACGCCGUGAUGUUCAACAACGAGCAGAUGGCCGACGUCCACUUCAUCGUCGGUCCCCCCGGAGACACGCUCAGAGUCCCGGCUCACAAGUACGUCCUGGCGGUUGGCAGCUCGGUGUUUGGGGCCAUGUUCUACGGCGACCUCGCUGAGGGACAGUCGGAGAUCGUGAUCCCUGACGUGGAGUCGGCUGCUUUCCUCAUCCUGUUAAAGUACAUGUACAGUGAUGAGAUCGAGUUGGAGGCGGACACCGUGCUUGCCACGCUCUACGCCGCCAAGAAGUACAUUGUUCCCGCUCUGGCGAGGGCCUGCGUCACCUUCCUAGAGACGAGUCUGGAGGCGAAGAACGCCUGUGUGCUGCUGUCUCAGAGCCGGCUGUUCGAGGAGCCGGAGCUGACGCAGCGCUGCUGGGAGGUGAUCGACGCUCAGGCCGAGCUCGCGCUGCGCUCAGAAGGCUUCUGCGAGAUCGACCGGCCCACGCUGGAAAUCAUCCUGCAGAGAGAGUCGCUCAACGUCCGCGAGGUCAUUGUCUUCCAGGCGGUGCUGAACUGGGCUGCAGCCGAGUGUCGGCGUCGGGGCCUGCCGGUGAACCCCAGGAACCAGCGGGCGGCGCUGGGGAAGGCCCUGUACCUGGUCCGGAUCCCCUCCAUGACGCUGCAGGAGUUUGCAGACGGGGCGGCGCAGUCGGACAUCCUGCUGCUGAAAGAGACUCACGACAUCUUCCUGUGGUUCACCGCCUCCAGAAAACCCAGACUGGAGUUCCCGCUGGGGAAGCGGGCCGGACUGGCACCGCAGAGGUGCCACCGCUUCCAAUCCUCUGCCUACCGCAGCAACCAGUGGCGCUACAGGGGGCGCUGUGACAGCAUCCAGUUCGCAGUGGACCGGCGGAUCUUCAUGGCCGGACUCGGUCUGUACGGGUCGAGCGGCGGGAAGGCCGAGUACAGUGUGAAGAUCGAACUGAAGAGGCAAGGCGCCGUUCUGGCCCAGAACCUCACCAAGUUCCUGUCUGACGGAUCCAGCAGCACCUUCCCUGUGUGGUUUGAGCACCCGGUGCAGGUGGAGCAGGACGCCUUCUACACAGUCAGCGCCAUCCUGGACGGAAACGAGCUCAGCUACUUCGGCCAAGAGGGGAUGACCGAGGUGCAGUGUGGGAAAGUGACCUUCCAGUUCCAGUGUUCAUCGGACAGCACCAACGGCACUGGUGUGCAGGGGGGGCAGAUCCCCGAACUGGUCUUCUACUGCUGAAACACAACUGGACUGACUUAAAUCCCGCCUCCCAGAGUGACCCUGUAAAUUAUUAUCUGACGACGUGAAGUUUAUGAACUGAAACUCCAGAAAAUGAUGAAAAUAAAACCUGACUGAACUCUCGUCUGCU